GUAAACAAAUGGAACACCAAACUCCUCCGAACUGUCAGAUUACUCAAAAUGUAACCCGAAAACGGGGAUUUAAAGGAUCGAAAUGCCUGGACAGAAAAGAAAGUACAACGUCCGAUUUCCACCUGGUCGCAUUAAGAAAAUCAUGCAGAAGGAUACAGAGGUCGGACGAAUGGCCACUGCUGUUCCUGUUAUCAUAUCUAAAGCUCUGGAAAUGUUCUUGAUCUCAUUGCUUACCAAAACCAGCUUAAUCACCCAGUCCAAGAACAGCAGAGUCAUUUCUAUCAACCACAUGAAACAGUGCAUUGAGUCUGAGAAGCUGUUUGAUUUCCUGAAGGAGCUUGCAGAACAAGCCUCUGGCUCUUCAACAGCUACAGAGGUCAAAACCAAAGGGAAGUGUAAUGAACACAGAAAAAAGUGGAACAUGUCCAUCAAAGCCAAGUCACCAGAGAAGCAGAUGCUGUCCAGGAGACAUAAUGCUGAGCCUGAAAUCAACAGUGACUCCUCUAGCGAGUCUGAGCUUGUCAUUUGCUUGGAGACCCAGUCAUCGUAAUAAUGGGUACUGGAAUUCUCACCUUAUUGAAAACUGCAGCAAUACUUAUGAAGACCCAACAAUUUUUUUUUUCUUUUAAUAUUUCCCACAGAAAUAAUUUUAAUUUGGAAAUUUAUUUUUGCUACAAAGGCAGAAUUAACAUGUGAAGAAAACUAAAAUGUAGAAAAAAAAGCAAGUUAUUAAGUUUGUGGUCUUAACUGUCUUGUGUACCUAAUUUUUUGCACUUUAAACUGUACAUGGCAGGGGGUCCCCAAGAUUGGAUAGAAGAACCCCUGAAAUUGAUGAUAGAAAUUGUUAUAAACAUAGGUUUUUGUGAGUGCUGUGUAAAAAAAUUGUGAAUGACCAUUUUAAAUCCUUGUACAAGAGUGUUUACUUUCUAAGAGAUAAUUAUAUAUUAAGAAUAACUGCUGUCUUUUUUUUCUUUUUCUGUUGGAUUCAUAACUGUUGUUGAACAUAAAUGUUACAAUGGCUGACAUUUAAUAAUUUCACUAUGACUCAAAGUUUAUACAUCUGUGUUAAUUCACUAGAAUCACCCCGAUGUAAUUCAGAGGAAAUGUACACUUUGUUUAUAUGCACAGAGGUGAAGAGAGUUUUAUACAUGAAUAAGUAAUGUUUUAAGAUUUAAAGUAAAAAUGUUCUAUGGGUGUUACAAUGAUCAAUACAAGGAGAUAAAACAGAAAUUACAAUUAGCUGUUGCAAAUAAGAACAAGUAAUACUGUUGCAAUGGGCUUUAUUUUAAGAAAGUGAAUAGAACAGUUUCACCUGUAUUUAACUGGUCUUAACGCAGAGGUAAAAUAAAUAUCAGAUUUCUAAAGGUUUAGGGUAUAUCAUUGUUUAAACAACAAUUUACUAUUAAUAUUGUGAAAUUAUUUUGUGUACUUUAAUGUUUCUAUGUACUUUUGAAUGUGAUCUUGACAAAAAAACAUUUGAAUAAAGCCUGCAGCUGGGAAAAUGAA